GUACGCUUAUAUCAUAAUCCUUUUUGCACGAACACUGGUGCAAAGGAUUUAGCAUUCAAAACCAGACUUUUCCCACAUGUGACCAUGCUACCUCAGUCAUUUACUAUGAUUGCAACAAUAUUUUUUGUUCUUGCACAAACAAUUGUGGGAGUGAGUUCACUUCCCGAAUCUGAUAAAAUAAGCAAUUUGCCGGGGCAGCCUCAGGUCAAAUUUCAGCAAUUUUCUGGCCACAUUACUGUGGAUGAUCAGAAUCAGAGAGCUUUGUUUUACUACUUUACUGAAGCAGAAGAAGACCCUGCUUCCAAGCCAUUAGUCCUGUGGUUGAAUGGAGGGCCUGGUUGUUCAUCGAUUGGAGUUGGAGCUUUCGGUGAGCAUGGCCCUUUCAGACCGAGUGACAACAAUGUUCUUGAGAAAAAUGAUUAUAGUUGGAACAAAGAGGCAAAUGUGCUAUACUUGGAGUCACCAGCUGGUGUUGGAUUUUCUUACUCUAGCAAUAAAUCGUUCUAUGGUUUAGUGACAGAUGAAAUUACAGCUAGGGAUAAUCUUGUGUUCUUACAACGUUGGUUCUCUAAAUUUCCUGAGUACUCAAAUAACGACUUCUUCAUUACUGGGGAGAGCUAUGGAGGUCACUAUGUUCCACAACUUGCACAGCUUAUUGUUCAAACCAAGACCAACUUCAAUCUCAAGGGGAUAGCAAUAGGGAAUCCUCUUCUGGAGUUCAAUUCUGAUUUCAACGCCAGAUCUGAGUAUUUUUGGGCUCACGGGCUUAUAUCAGAUUCAACAUUGGAAAUCCUAACCACAGUCUGCAACUAUUCCUCGAUUAGGAGACAGCUUCAAAAUGGGAAUCUUGAAGUGGUUUGUGCAAAAGCAAACAAGCAAUUGUAUGAUGAGGUUAGCGACUAUGUAGAUGAGUAUGAUGUUACUCUUGAUGUUUGUUUGUCAUCAGUAAAUCAACAGGCUUAUGUGCUGAAUCAACUGCAAGAGACACAAAAGAUAGAUGUUUGUGUUGGUGAUAAAACGACCACAUACUUGAACAGGAAAGAAGUCCAAGAAGCUCUACAUGCUAAACUUGUAGGAGUCACCAAAUGGUCAACUUGCAGUUCAGUUCUGCAUUAUGACUACAGGAAUCUAGAAAUACCAACAAUUCCUAUCCUAGGGUCACUUGCCAAGUCUGGCAUCAGGGUCCUGGUAUACAGUGGUGAUCAAGACUCAGUGAUUCCAUUAACAAGUUCUAGAUAUCUAGUGAAUGGAUUGGCCAAGGAAAUUGGACUUGAGACCACAGUGGCCUAUAGAGCCUGGUUUGAGGAAAAACAGGUAGCAGGAUGGACACAAACAUAUGGGAACAUCUUAUCAUAUGCCACCAUAAGAGGAGCAUCUCAUGAAGCUCCCUUUACUCAACCUCAAAGAUCACUACUGCUACUCAAGACAUUUCUACAAGGAAAGCAACUACCCAGUGUUAAAUGAAAUAUGAACUGCUUUAAUUAACACUACCUGUUCUUAUUUACCACUAAGUGUUGAAAAUUUAAGGUUGAGUCUUAAGUCUUAUUUACCUAUAAUUCUCCUUCAAAAAAACUCAUUAUUCAAUGAGGAUGUCACUAUUGCUAUUGCA